AUGGCCAACCGCGAGUUUUUCUUCUUCUACCCACCGACGUGGGACUUCCCACCGGGCGGUCCGAUCAAGCUAGGCAACAUCAUCACAUCGGUCAAGAGGCCGCAACGGCCCCUCUCGCACUCUCCGCCGCUGGAGGACUCCGACAUCUUCAAGACGGAGAAGAGGAGCGUCCAGUACACCAAGGAGAAACUGCGGCGCGGAAAAUUCUCCAUCUUGACUAAGUUCUUCAGCGUUCUUGGUUUCAGCGUCGAUGUCAGCGCUGAAGUUGAUAACAGUAAAGAGGAGACAUUCAACUUCAAAACCCUUGAGACCACCCAAUUCAUACUAGCACCAUCCUAUAUCCAGACAUGCAUCGAAGCCGACAACGUCCGCCACUUCCUACAACUUUCUCGGUACCGCAAGCCCGUCUACAUCAUCACCGGUCUCAAAGUCGUCAUCGGUGCCGAAGCUAAUACGCUCAAGUCUCGCACCGUGGGCGGCACUCUUGCCGUCGAAGUCGACAGCACCGUCUGGAGCGGCGGCACUGUCCCCCUCGACCGCGGUCCCGGGGUGGAGGGCAAGGUGGGCAACGAGUCAAGAACGAAAUGGGAGGGUAGCAGCGACUUUGUUUUUGCAUUUCGCGUCAUCAAAGUUUUCGUGGGCAAGGCGACAGGUCAGGCGGUAAGUGAGGAGGAUUACCGCAAGGGAGCCAUGCUUGGCAGUGAGAGGGAGAAAGUGAAGGGUCCAGAAUUGUCUGUCCUCAAGGUUGAAGAGGCGGAUGCGGAAGCUGAAGGAUUUGACGCGGAGGAGCUGAUGGAUGAUGAGGAUGUGGUGGUCUGCGCCAUUCCAAGGGAUCAAGACUCCGACGAUUGCCACGCAAGCAGAAGAACGGAUUCCGUUGCUUCGUAA